AUGAACAGACCGCACAAUGUCUACCAAAAGCGUGUCUCUUCCGUCGGGAUUCGAACUCAACUAUCAGUUUCUAAAGAGAAUCAAGGGACAUUCGAUGUCUAUUCAUCUGUCCACUUCUAUUGGUUUGUACAGAAAGAGAGAGCAGGACAACCUGAAAAGGGAAUUAGGAGGUCAAGGGAAAAGGUACCAUUUCCGGUAGGCUGGAGACUGGGCGGAGUCCGCUUUCAGCCCCUCCCCGGCCAUUGCGUCUGGCCAAAAGCAGAAGGGCAGAAGGCAGGCAACCGCAAAGUUGGGCUGUCGACAAAUGAUGCGCAGUUGGCAAGACGACGAGGCGUUGGCAACCGAGCCAGUCGCAAUGUGGGGAAUUUCGCGAAUGGAUUACAGGUUGGCCAACAUGCAACCGGGCAACUGUAG